AUGCGCACAGCGCCGGCGGAAGCGGCGGGACCCGCAGCACUGGCGGCGGAGCAGCAGCGGCAGCACCGGGAGAGCGGCGGCGGCGCCCGGGUGGGGCUGUGCCUGCUGUGCGGGCUGCCCGCGGCCGGCAAGUCCACGCUGGGCCGCGCCCUGAGCCGCCGGCUGCCGCAGCGGCGGGGCUGGGCCUGCGCGCUGCUCGCCUACGACGAGCUCAUCCCGCCCGAGGCCUUCCGCACCAGCCCGUCCCCAUCGCUGCCCGGCUGGAAGCAGAGCCGCCGCGAGCUGCUGCAGUGCCUGGAGGGGCUCCUGCGGGCGCUGCUCACCGGGGCGCCGCUGCCCGGCCCCGCGCAGCCGGGCUGGCCGCGCUUCCUGCGCUGCUGCCGCCGGGAGGGGCUGCUGGCCGCCCCCGAUGGGGACACCGGAGCCGCCCCCCGGCCGCUCGUCCUCCUGCUGGAUGACAACUUCUAUUACCAGAGCAUGCGCUACGAGGUGUACCAGCUGGCCCGCAAAUAUUCCUUGGGCUUCUGCCAGUUAUUUUUGGAGUGUGCAGUGGAAUGCUGCCUGCAGAGGAACCGCCUCAGGAGUGACCCUGUGCCUGAGCAAACCAUACAAUUAAUGGCAAGGAAAAUAGAGAUGCCAGAUCCCAGGAAAAACACCUGGGAGCAGCACAGCCUCAUUCUGAGCAGUUCUGAUGGCAUCUCAGAGGAUGAUGAGCAGAUCAUGAACUUGCUGGUCACUGCUUUGGAAAAUCCAGAGAGGCCAAAUGAGGAGGACACAGAGCAGAAGGAGGCAGCUCGAGCCACGUGUGCAGCCAGUGCUGUCCACCAGGCUGACCAGGCGUGCAGGAGAGCCAUCUCUGAGGCCAUGCAGGAUGCCAAAGGUAAAAACGUUCUCCCGAGUGAGAUGAAGAGCCUGGCAGAAGAACUCAACAAACUGAAAGCAGAAGUUUUGGAAGACUUGAGGCAAGGGAAGACUUUGAAAAGCCAAUAUUCUGACCCUGCUACAAGUGUUAUUUCUUCAUUCCAACAGGAGGCAGCCAAGGUACUAAAUAAAUAUAUUUUAAAAUAAUGACACAGAGAAUGUUGGGUGUUUAGGAGUCCCAAGUAUUAAAAUGCAGGACUCUGAGCACUGCUGCUGAGAUCUGAGGGGCAGCUCCCCUCUCUGGAGCCCCUGUGCCUCCUCUCCCCAUGAAAUGGAAGAGAAACACUUUAAUCAAGUCUAACCAAGCUGUUCUUGGCUGUGGAGAUCAAGCCAAGAGCAAACCAUCCUGAGAUUCAAAUUUCACAGAAUCAGGAAGAGUUAACCCAGGAGGAGCACCAGGGAAAUCACCAGCUCCACUCCUGGAAGGAUAUGCAAUUAAAAACUGACAUGGGACCUAGUUAGAAAGUGUUAUUUUAUUCAUAUCUUACAAAAGCAAAGCUUCACAACAUGAACUACACGAGAUAGAGUUAUUUCAGAAUUAACCUUGUCGUCUCAGAAAUGUUCACUAACAUUAAAAUUUAUUUUACAACUCUAACAGCUUUCAUUUUUGCAUAAAAUCUGGUCUUUACACUGAAGUACAUAUUAUUAACAAAGUAGGUACUUAGAAGCACAUACACAAAGAUUGCUCAAUGAAAAAUGCUUUAGCAGGAGAGAGAUUUCCUGCAGCAGAACAUCAUUUGCUGUAGAUUUUCAAAGAAGCUUAAAAUUAGUAGAAAACUUGCCAGUGAAGACUUCUAAAUUACAUUCCCUUUGUCAAAAAGAAACAAAAAGCAAACCCCCAAAACAUUCUGGAACAAAACAAACAUUAACAAAUUAUUUGUCUGGAAAAUACUGCUGGAAGGUGUCCCAGCACUGAGUUUUAUAUUAAAAAGCCAAUCAACAUUUUAUGUCUAAACAGGUGUCUGUGAAAAAACAAAUAUUUUUCCUAUUGCCUCCUUCACAGUUGAAUGUUAAGUGAGAUAAUGAAGAUGUUCAAAUAUUCAAAUGUUCAGUGGAAUAUUCAGUCUCAAAACUUGAGUGUGUAUUAAAUAGUGCAUGUUAGAAAUGCCCACAAAGCUAUAAAAUAAUCUGUGACAAUAAAAACAAAACCCCCACAAGGUUUAUGUUUUGCAACUUUAACAGAAUUUAACAGAGCUGAGCUAUGGAAAAAUUCCAUCUCCUUUCCAAACUUCCAUUUAUAACAGUUAAAAUGCUAAUCACCCAUUACCUUAUAAUGUGAGGAUCUGGGUUUUUAGAAAAAAAACACCAAAACAAGUGAGUGCAGAGUAGCACAUGGAGGACUCAAUAUGAAAAGUUCUUUUAACAAAGGACUCAAUCCCAGAAUCCUGGACAAAUCUCCCUCCCUGGCUCUGGGUAAGGCCUGCUUGUGCAAGGGAUCACACUUGGAAAGAAUUUGCCAGUACCAGCUCUGGACUUUAAAUUAUAGUCAAUAAUAUGAAUAAAUUAUGAAACAUAGGAAAAUGCACCUUCCAAAGGUGCUCAGUUGACAGGAGGGGACAAUGAUGGCAGGGCAGUGUGAUCCUGGAACAGGAACAGUCCCAGUCCUGGGAAGAACACAGGGACCCAGCCCAGGGCUCUGGGGGCAGAGCCAGGGGAUGAGCACCAAAGCUGCUGCUGCUGCUGCCCAAGAACCCCCUGCAAUGAGCAGUUUGCCCAAAGAAACAGAGAAAAGAGUUUUUUCAUUCCUCAACUAUUCAGAGAUGUCCCAACAAGUCUACUCCAGAGCAGAACCAGUGGUGUCCAGGCAGCAGCAGGAAAAUCCUUCCAAACAUCCAUCUGCAAGGCUUGGGGACAGAUUUUUUCACACUGAGUUCUGUUGUUCAGAAUGGCCAUUCCCCACAGUGGGAUCCCCUCCUAAACAAGGGCCCCUUUUCCAUGAGAUCCUGCAGGAUCCCUCCUGCUCCCAGCUCCUCCAUCAGUGCCCUACCCUGAUUCUGCCCAAGGCCAUCAUGGCUCAGGAGUCAUUUCUCUAAAUCACCAAAUCAAGAGACAAAGAGAAGCCUCUAACAAUGUGAGCAGAAGCCCCAGAGGUCAGAAACCACAUCUGUGCCCAGGGCAAUGACUCUCCCCAGGAUACCAGCAAGGAAAACCCACAAGGGAGGAGCACCUGGCUGCUGUGGUCACUCAGCACUAAAGGUGCUCCCUGAAAGGAGCUCCAGCAGGCCACAAGUUCCCUUGGGAAUGCCAGAGCUUAGAGUGCACCAUCUACCAAAGAGGCAAGGAAAACCACUUCCCUAAAUUAAUAAUUGUAAAUCUUCCAGUCUUCUCUUAACACUACAUUUCAGCCAAAUGUAAAUUGUAGAAUUGUCCAAUGUGUGAUCCAUCAUUUCUGCCCUCUUUAAUUGGAAAAAAUUUUGAUUCCAAAACCUGUCCAGGAGCAGUAACUUCUAACUGGAUUCCACUUCAGUCAGCUUUUACUCCUUAAAAUAAAGAUGUUUACACACACAGACUUGCAGUUUUACUUAUAAAUCUAAAAAGUAUAAAGCAACAAUGAAAUACUUUGGAAUUACAGAGUGUCCUGAUGAAAAAUGAAAAUCACAUUCUGUCUUAAAAAUCCAGCAGAACAAAUUCUGAACCAGGCCUGAAAACAAAGCAAUUUUUAGGGAUGACAGUGUUAUUGUUCAUCUUCACUACACUGGAACCACUCCAGUGGAAGAUUUCUGACCUCAUUACUUCAAGACUGCACAGCCAAGAAAGAACCCAGUUCCUCAAGCACAGAAAUUCAACUGUAGGUCAGUCAGGUAGACAGAAA